ACAUUUAUUAUGAAAGGUCCCGGAAGCCGCGAGUUUCAAGUUGCGGGUUUACCAUGGCGGCGGGAAGGGGACGAUUUUUUCAGAGUUUUUUGGAGGGUUUACAGAGAAAUCCGGUAACAGAACAGCAAAUGCGUGAGAGAAACAGGCCCGGUCCAAAUGAGAGCGCGUCGGUUCCCCGUGGCAGAAGCAGGAAGAAAACCGCGACGGAGCAGCAGAGCUUUGAUAGCGAGAACCAGAGUUUUCAUCCCCACUAUUCGUUUUUGACGGGGGAUUUUGCCCAAAUGAAGCUUGGUUCCGAGGAAAACCUCCUGCAAAGACUGCCGCUUGAGGUUCUCCUGAAGAUUCUGUCGUACCUGGAUGCUUCCUCGUUGAUCUGCGUCAGCCAUGUCAGCAAACUUUUCCACAGACUCGCCAACGACGACUUUGUGUGGCGGAACAUUUACGCUUCAGAGUUUGGAAGUCCAGAAUGGAAACCAAAGUUAGCCCCUCCCCCUUCGCCAGCCACAGCUGCGAAGGAGGAGCCUUGCUCGGCGGGAGGCUGGAAGAAGAAGUUCUUCAGAAGGAUGGGGGAGCAGGACAUGGACAAGUGGAAGAAAGACCUGAGAACCGUCUGUCCUCACACCAGCCUGCCCCAACAGACCGAGGCGGUCCUCAGGAACCUGAAGAUGAGCUGGGAGCUGGCGCUGGUGGAGCGCUCUGGACAGGAGACCAGGCUGGAUCAGAGCCGAGCGACCUUCUUCGAGUCGUCCGUGGUGGUCUGCUGGAGCUGCAGCGGCCUCCUGCAUGUCCACAGCAUCUGCAGCAUCCAUGUGUACGGAGUCAGGAAGGAGGCGAUGAGGAGCUGCAGGAGCCCGAGAGCUGCCUGGCGCUCUCUGGUCCUGCGGCGGGACACUCUGAGCGAUCCUCAGACGCCGGUCGGGGCAGACGGCCUCAUGGAGGUGCUGCUUCUUCCGGACGUCCUGCUGGGGGUGUGGAGGAGCAGCAGCAGGGUGGCCUUCGUCAUGGUCAGCCUGCACCUCCACAGGCUGGUGGAGAGGAGUCUGCUGGGCUCUCCGGCAUGUCCAUACUCUGUGCCUGUGGACCCCCCAUCCGCCGACCACUCAGAUCCUGAGUUUGGUCUCCAUGGAUACACAGUCCACUUCGUCCUGCACAACGCCAACUUCAAGAUCAUGCUGGGUCACUUCCGCCAGCUUUCCUGUGGCUCAGUGGAGAAGCAGCGCCGCCUGCUGGAGCUGCGCUUCAUCAGCAGGACCGACCUGUCGGAGCACCGCCUGCUCCCCGGGGGCAUCAGGCUGCUGUGGAAGUGCGGGGAGCUGCAGGGCGCCGUGGAAAACUGUUGCUUCAUGACGCUGACCCUCCUGGACAUCCAUCAGAAACCCUUCUGGUGCGUCAGCGCCCCCGUCACUGCCAGGAUGUCGAAGGCGGAGUCUUCUUACUACAGCGGCGACCACUUCCUGAUGGAGUACCAGCACGCCGACGGCGAGGUGGAGAUGAAGCUGGUGUGGCUGAAGGAGCAGAAGCAGUUCCUGGUCCACAGCCUGGUGGUCUGCGUGGCCGUGGACAAGGUCAACCAGCAUUUCAGCAGAGAGUACUGAGGAGCAGGUCUCCGGGUCGAUUCCUGUUUUUUAUCCAGUUUGUUCAGUCAGGACGGAGUUAAAGGUCUAAAUUGAGUUCAGUUGACUUUUAUUGUUUUGAAAAGAGAAGAAAAGAACCGAGUUUGGAUCAAACUGCAGUUAUUUUCACGUCUGCAUAAUUUUUCUCCAGAGAACGAUACAAUAAAGCUUCAUUCUGAAGAACAAAGACUUGGUGAAUACUUCAGCAUCACAGAAUCUUCUGAAACACGUCCUUUUAGAAAGUUCUCUCUAAACAUUGAGGAGGUUCUGGGCAUGAACAGAAACAGAGGUGGACGCUGAAGCACAGCAGCCUCUAGAUCCAGUGGGACAUGACGUGUCUCAUGCCGUGUGGAUGACCUGAUGUUGGGGAAGUUCUCUCUUCUGGAUCCACAAACCGGAGGGUUGAGGCCCGACAGGAAGUCUGUACGUGAUCCACGCUCAGAGUUGAGGCGGAUCCCCGCUGGUCUGUGGUGCGUCUGCGUUCCUCGUCCGUCCCUUCACACCGCAACGCAGGCUUUACAAUCUGUUGAUGCGCCAAAUUCACAGCAAAAUGCCGGAGAACUGGUUUCAAAAUAAAGGCUUCUGUUGUACUUUAAAAAUAAAUCUUGAUAGGACUGAAUUUCAUAUUUACGGUGACGUGUUGACGCGAUGACGCAGGUUUACACCAGGAAGAACGCCACCAUGGACGACGACGGUAUAAGUGUGGAGGUUCAGAAACAUUUAGGGCUCAAAACAUUGACUUCACGAGGACUCAGAGGGAUGGGCGUGGCCUGUUACCGUGGCGUUUUGUCAUUUAGGGUUUGGAUGAGCUAACUGGAGAGCAGAACAGAAAACACAGAUUUUUGGAUUCUGGCUUAGAACAAAAUCAUUGUAAUAAGGAUGCUUUAAAUGAGUGAGUUAGAAUUCAGACAAACCUCCUCGCCUGCAUCACCCAGUGGUCAGGUGAGGUAACUGCAAGCAUGAAUCACCUGAAGGCAGCAUUCAGACAUGACCAACGGAGAAGCUGCCUAAAAACAGCUGCAUUCACUCCAGUUUUAGGCUCCAAAGGGUUUUAAAAGUGUAAUCAAUAAUUUUGACUAGAGUUUCUCAUUUCUUUGCACAAAUGAAAGAAGACUGUGGUUUGAUGGGAUAAAUGCUGCAUAUUUUUCAUAUCUGAACUAAAUCUGCAGAUAAAAUGAUUUCAAACAUCUCAUUUCCUUUUCUCUCCAAACGGGUAAAUAAACGGUGUUUGGCAGACAUGUGUUUGUCACGGCACUGUUCUUCUUUUUUGUUUUGUCACGUCUUCUAUCUUCUUUUCUGCUCACAAACAGUAAAGACAGCGAUGACGCCUUCCUGUUUGAGAGGAUUUCAGAGGAGAUCAUGCAGGAAAAACAUUGUCGAUGUAAUCAGCAGAGCAGGACCUGUCUGUGCGAGUGAACAGCAAUCAGCUGGAGGUCACCCGAAGGUCAGAGGACCUCGAACCUGAGCUCUGCUCCUCCUUGGAUGUGGAAAUGAGUUUAACCACGGAAGAGCGCCGAGGCGGUCGGAUGGCGCCUCAGGAAACCACCUGAAGGCUGAAGCGUCUUCUGGAAUCCAUGAUCUACCUGCUGAUCCCCCAGGAAUGUGAAGAACACAAAUGUUUCCCAGAUCUUCACAGAGAUGAGAGCUCCUCCCAUGGGGGAGGAGCCAGGGGAGGCCCCUCCCCCACGGAAACAGGUGCGGCUCAUUUAUGAGCUGCUGUUAUUGCUGCUGCCUUCAGAGAGCUGCAAGCGUCAACAUCAUGGCUGUGAACAAGUGCAUCAAAACGCUGCUCAUCCUCUUCAACGUCCUCUUCUGGCUUUGCGGCUGCGUCAUCCUGGGAGUCGGCAUCUACCUGAAGGUGACCAAAGAUGGAAAUCAGUUGACCAACUCCGCCCUUCCUGGCGUGGACCUGAUGAUUGCCAUCGGCGUCAUCGUCUUUGUUCUGGCCUUCCUGGGCUGCUUGGGUGCCUACAAAGAGAGUCGGUGCAUGCUGAUGAUGUUCUUCAUCUUCCUUCUUGUCAUCUUCACCCUCCUCCUGGCGGCAGGAAUUCUGGGAGCUGUAGGCGAGAAGACGGUCAACGACUGGGUGAGGAAGGAACUGCAGAAGUUGACUCCUCUGUCCAACCAGCCGGACUCGGUGAAGAAAGACCUGGAGGCGCUGCAGGCUGAGCUGAAGUGCUGUGGGAUCAUCCAAGGACCCGCUGACUGGACCAAGCCUCCAGCUUCCUGCUUCUGCAACGGCACUGACACCACCACCACCUGCAAAGGCGGCAUCUACCAGACGCCCUGCGCCGAUCAAAUCAUCAAUCUGAUGAAACAAAACAUGAAGGUGGUGCUGGGGAUCUCCUUCGCCAUCGCCAUCAUCAUGAUCCUCGGCAUGAUUUUCUCCAUGAUGAUCUACUGCCAAAUCGGCAGGAAGGAGGGCCCGACGCAUUAAUGAGGACCCCCCCGACCCCCUGCCGACCUCAGUCAGCGCUGCUGUGAUUAAGCUUUUAUUCUGAAAGGGCAUUCUGGUGAACGGAGUCCCGGGGAUGACGAUAACGCAGCAAGGCUUUGUGUUUUCACCCAUUUGGAACAAACGCAGAGAACAUCCAUCAAUUAUUUAUACUUCAGUCAAUUCUAGUUGAGUUGGUUAAUGUUGGACUUUUGUCCUAAAAUCGUAACAUCCCAGCACUGACCACACGGGACGGACCUCGUUUUUCUCUUCUUUUCUAGUUUUAGGUGUUUUUAGUUUUUCCAGAGUAUUUGACCUUUAAAGCAAAAGCCUUUUUUUUGAUUAAUAGCUAAAUUUCUCGUUUCAUUUGUUUAAAAUAAAUCUUCCUUCUAUACAGUAAAGCUGAGCUUUUGCUGGACUCAGAUUUUUAGACUAACGGCGUUUGUUAAAGGCGUUUUUUUUUUUUAAUUUUUAUUAAGGAGAACAAAAACACGUGACUUUGUUACAACUUUGCUUUUCAAUAAAUGUUUAAAUUUUGUGGCCGUUGCAUGAAAAUAUAAAUAAAAUUUUUAAAGCACCA